CAUACCGAGGACAGCGCUGUCCUGUACACGCCGCUGCUGCCACCGUAGAGCCGGGCGGAUGCACUGAUGGCUCGUAUUUCUGUGACUUUCACAUUAUGUUGUUGCGUGUCUCGGUUUGUUUCCCACCAGCUGGCCUCCCGCCAUCCUCCUGUCCGUUUGUAUGAUCGGACUGACUGAAGGUAGAUGUCCGAGUGUGACAGCAGCGGAUCUGUGUCCGCCGGAUUGGUGCAGGUGGUGAAGGCGCUUUGAAAACCUCCAUCUCUGCCCGAGUGAGAGUCGACUGGAGCUGUCUGGCUGGUCCCACUUCACGACUAUGACUCUGAGCUGCUGAAGAUUUUUCUUUUUUUCUUCAAUUCACCGUCCUUUUUGAAGCCCUCUUGAUUCCUCAAUGGGUUCCCGCAGCCAAGGCUUCUUCCACCACCACCACCAUCGCAGCUCCAUGGUGCCCACUGUGGUGCCGAGGCUCCUGCCUGAGAACGGCAGCCUGCUGGGGGGCAUCGCACAAAUCACCCCCAACCUCUUCCUCAGCAGAGGGAACGUGGCAUCAAACCGCAGCCUGCUGCUGUCGAAAGGCAUCACCUGCGUGGUCAACGCCACCAUCGAGCUCCCAAACUUCAACUGGCCUCACAUGGAGUACGUAAAGGUCCCGUUGGCGGAUAUGCCCCACUCCCCCAUCUCCUUGUACUUCGACAGCGUGGCUGAUAAGAUCCACAGCGUGGGACGCAAACGAGGGGCGGUGCUUGUGCACUGCGCAGCGGGGGUUAGCCGCUCAGCCUCUCUGUGCCUGGCGUACCUCAUGAAGUAUCACCGCGUGUCUCUGGCUGAGGCCCACGCCUGGGUUAAAGCCCGCCGCCCUGUCAUUAGGCCCAAUGGCGGCUUCUGGCGCCAGCUCAUCGAGUAUGAGAGGAAGCUGUUUGGUAGAAACUCUGUUAAGAUGGUGCAGACACCCUAUGGGGUCAUACCAGAUGUUUAUGAGAGGGACCGCAGGAGCCUGGCUCCGUACUGGGGCCUGUGAGAGAGGCUGCGCCAACCGUCCACAGCGAGGGAUCGAGUAGGAAAGUGAAGAUGAAGCCCUUUUGCCCUUCUGGACUGCAGGUUCACGCCUGUUCUGGACAGGCGAAGUGAGAUGUGUGUGAGUGUAGAUCUGUGUGAAGCUUAUUUAAUGAAUAUUGGUGCACUUGGACAGAGGGAGUCUAACCAGACACUGGUUGUUGCUGAUGGAGCAGCUGCUCAUCCAACCAGUCGCCUCUAUUUACUCUUUGAGUGGGAGCAAGGCCACUUCAAGCCCAGAAUCCUUCGGACCAAAGGAUCGAUUGGGACCACAAUUAUGUCAGACACCAAAACAAAAUGCUCGGCGUGAGCAAGUCGGAACUGUCCAUCUUCUGGUCUGUCUUUCCAAUUCCAGUGGAGGACGAGUGCUCUGUGAAGGUGUUAGCUGUGGUCAACACUCUGCAGCUCUGACAGUGAUGUGACUGAAGUCCUUUUCCUGACGUGGUGUCAUGUGGUGGUAUUGUGCCAGUUUUGCAGUAAUCUUUGGUGUAAGGGCAGCAGCAUGCUCUCAAUUUAUGGUAGCAUUUAAGAUAAGUGUACAGAAAAAAAAAAAUAUAUAGACAAAAUUAUUUUAUUGGAAUGUACUGAUAGUGAGCAAAAACUCAUUAUGGUGCACUUUAACUGAACAUUUAAAGAUGUUACUUUAUCUACUAUUUUGAAGGUAAAAAUCCAAAAGAUGUACGCUAAAAUCAAGGUUUAGGAAAAGCUCCUGUGUACCACAGGGUUGACUGUCCUGUCCUGUGACUACACUAUGUUAUUGUAGUGCUAUUUGAUGCUGUAUUUAAAAAAAAAAAAAAAAAAAAUAUCUGCCACCUUAAGGGAACUGGUAGCGCUAUGAUAGAUGCUUAGAAGAAUAUUUUCUAUCCCACUGUUUUUGCCUUGUGUCCAUAUUCGAGUGAGGUUCCAGAGAGAUCAGUGCAGUUCAGAAAACACAUUUUAUUUCUGUCUGUAAAACGGCCUACUUUUGUGGUUCAGCGCUUUUCUGAAGAGCCAUGUCACACAGGUUGACAAUCCUACUUCUGCUGUCGUCUAGUGGUUGAAAUUUUCACUUCGCUGCACAUGCUGUCCGCGCUUUAAAAGUAAUGUUUAGCGCUAAAUAGAGUUAUAGGGGUGAGACAAAAAAAUUAUACCGCAGUAAAUCACAAUACACAACAUCAUCAAGACGUUGCCGCCAAUAUGAUCACAUAAGAAAUAAACCUAACGCAGUGAACAAAGACAACGAAUGGAUUCCUGCUCAUUAAAUGAAAAAAGGCAUGAGGCGGGACAAUUGAUGGUUUUAUCCUGUGUAAUGAAUCAUCGUAGACAACAACUGAUCCCACAUCUGGAAGCCUCACGAGAAUUGUGAGAAUUGUUUUUCUUCCUUUAGUUAUUUUCCACAAUGUGUUACGCGAUGUUGACCAACAGCACCGAGAACAUCACCAUGUGGGAGAGCAGCUCCCACAUGGUGAUGUUCUCGGUGCCGCCCCUGUAGGUGGAACUGGUCAACAGAGGGAGGGGUUUGUGCAGCUAUGGCAACAACAUCCCUGCUUUCUUGAUGUUUUUUUACUUUUUCCAAACGUGACAGUAUCACACCGCUUCCGACGUUUACGCUGUUGUUCCCUGAAGUCGGUCCCUGUCACCUAACUUUCUGAUGACAUCACGCAGGUUGUGAAAGAGGGCAAGCUGUGAUUAGUCGAGGCUCAGUAUGUGGUCUAUCUCAUGGCGAAGUCACAACGAGAAUUUAUGAUACUACAAUCAGCACGUCCUAGCUCUCAUACAUUGACCUCUGUCUGUAUGGCAACUCAGAUGAUGCAGUGCUACAUGUGUGUUGCAUUUAAAUUGAAGUCUUCAAGUUGCUGAUUUUGUCUGACAAAUGGUCCAAAAAAUAUAAAGAUAUUUACAGUGAUAUAAAACUAACUAACUAUUUAGAAGCUGGAACCAGAAACAAAUAAUUGUCAAAAUUCUCCACGAUCUUUAAAUGUCGACUAAUCUCAAUUUGUCGUCUCCGCACUAGCUGUAUCAGCUGACUCUGUCCUGUCCAUCGUUAUCAUGGGCAGUGAAGGUAUCCUGUCAGUUUUGUCUUGUGAUUUACCUUCUUGACUCUCACCCCUAUACAACAGUGCGGUAUAGUAUCACUGUUGGAUGUGGUCAGACAUCUAUCAGGUCGCUCACAGCAGUGAUGUUGAUUGUUGUCACGAGUGCAGCAGAGUUGACAUUUUCAACCCACAGAGAUCAGUGCAACAAUGCUUUUCUGCCAUAAUAGAUUAAAUGUGACAUUUCAAUUUUAAGAAAAAGAAUAAAAGUUCAGGGGUAAAUGAUUGUAGGAGGAGAAAGGUGUUUUUGUUCUGAGUGCAAUCUGUAAUCUGACUUUUCAAAUAAUUUAAUGCCCCAAGACUGAUAUUAAAAUUGAAAAAAAUUA